AACGAGGAGAUGCAGCUAUAGGGAUUGCAAGACUGCAAAAACGCUUUCCACGAGCUCCAUCGACAUGUUGUUGCCACACUGUUGAAACUCAGGCAGGCUCUAAAUAGCCUUCGCCUAGCUGCUGGGAAAUGGCGGCAGGCCCAAGUAUUGUGGCUAUAGAAGGCUGGAGAGUUGCGUUGCUGCUCGUCGGCUUUGUUAUAGUGACGCUAUGCUUUGAAAAAUGUAUCGAGCUAGUUGAAAAACGCCUCAAGAAGCGGAAAGGACUACUGACGGCCUUCCGCGCUUUGAAGAACGAGCUGCUUUAUCUCGGCUUCUUGUCGCUGCUCCUGUCGGUCACCCAGGAGGAGCUCGCGAAGAUAUGCAUUCCGCAGACCAGCGGCUCCAGCUACUACAAGUACAAGCUCAAGUACAACCUCGUAGACGCUUGCGGCGCGGGGAGGGAGCCGCUGUGGCCGGUGUCUGUGCAGCAUGAGACGCACUACUUCAUCUUCGCGGUGGCGGUGACGCACAUCCUCUACUGCGCCGUCACCAUCGCUCUCACCCUGCGCAAGGUGGGGCUGUGGCGCAAAUGGGAGGAGGCGGCGCUGGAGGAGGCGCGCAAGAGCGGCGCGGGCGAUGUCAAGGUCAUGUACGAGACAAUGUCGCGCUCGCUCAUCAACGCCAUGACCUCCUCCGCACUGGCUGUGUCGAGCGACGACAAGCGAGCCGCCGCCGCCGCCGUCGCCGCCGGUGGCCCCGGCGCGCCCGCCGCAGGCCGGCUCCGCGCCGCCGCCGCGGCGGCGGCGGGCUUGGCCACGCGCGCGGCGCGGCACGGCAAGAGCCUGGGCAGCAGCAUAUUCGCGCAGUUCAGUGUGAGCAUCGAGCCGCCGGCCGCCACCUCCCCCGGUGCUGCCGUCGAGCGCCUGAAGCUGGGCUCGACCCUCAGCCCCACCGGCGCCGCAGCCGCCGCCGCUCCCGCCUCCUCCACUGCCGGGGGCGAUGCCGGGCCACUGCUGCCCUCCCCUAGCCUGCUACUGCCCUCUCCCAGCCUUCUGCUGGCACCGCCACGGUGGGGCGCGCCGCCGAACCUGCCGUCGCCGAACCUGCCGACGCCGAACCUGCCGACGCCGAACCUGCCGACGCCGAACCUGCCGACGCCGAAUCUGCCGACACCGAACCUGCCGACGCCGAACCUGCCGACGCCGAACCUGCCGACGCCGAACCUGCCGACGCCGAAUCUGCCGACACCGAACCUGCCGACGCCGAACCUGCCGACACCGAACCUGCCGACGCCGAAUCUGCCGACGCCGAACCUGCCGACGCCGAACCUGCCGACGCCGAACCUGCCGACGCCGAACCUGCCGACACCGAACCUGCCGACGCCGAAUCUGCCGACGCCGAAUCUGCCGCCGCCGAACCUGCCGACGCCGAACCUGCCGACACCGAACCUGCCGACGCCGAACCUGCCGACGCCGAACCUGCCGACGCCGAACCUGCCGACGCCGAACCUGCCGACGCCGAACCUGCCGACGCCGAACCUGCCGACGCCAAACCUGCCGACGCCGAACCUGUCGACGCCGAAUCUGCCGCCGCCGAACCUGCCGACGCCGGCUGCGGCUGCGGCACUGGCGGCAGACGCCGCCGUCACCGCCAUUGCGACCGCUGCAAGCGCCAAGCAGGACGAGCUGCGGCCGCCGCCGCCGCCGCCGCCGCCACCCUCAGGCGGUAGCGUCGACGUAACCAUCACCGUUUCGCCGGUGGGUGUGCCCGGUGACGUCGCCGCCUCCGGCGCCGCCGCCGCUGGCGGCGUGAGCAGCGAACUCACGCCCUCGACGUCAGGCCCGCCACCGCCGGCAGCAGCAGCAGCAGCAGCUGCAGCACCACCGGCGUCGGCAUCGACGCCGCCGCCGGCCUUGAACGCGAGCAUGCGGCCUGCUGUGGCACCGCUGUCAACCGUUGGCAGCCGGCGGCUGACGGUGCAGCCCUCGGGCCGCAUCAGCAUGGGCGGCAUUGGCGGCGGCGGCGGCGGUCUGGUCGCCGCCACUGCCGCGCUGCUCAACGCCAGUGUACGGCUGCCGGCCGCCGGCCGGCCCGGCGGCGGCGCCGCCACCUCGCCUGGCGGCGGCGGCGCCGCCGCCUCGCAUCCGAUGGGUCACGUGUCGUGGGGUAAUGCCACCAGUAUGCGUAACCGUGGUAACGGUGCGCUGGCGAUGCUGGGCGUCGCGAGCAACAAGAUGGCGCUCGCGCUGGAGCACAUCGAGGAGAGUAUGGCUCUGGCCACCUCGGCCGACCUGCCCACACCCACGCUGUCGCCCUCACAACCCGGCGAGCGCCCCGCCUCCCCCAGCGGCAAGCUGUCCAGCCUGCUCGCCUCGCUGAGGCCGCAGCACGCCGCCGCCGCUGCCGCCGGCGCCGCCGGCCCGCUGGCGCCGGCGCCGUCGGGCCGCUUCGCUGCCACCCUCAAGCGCCUCACCAGCAUACGGCAGCAGGCGGCCGACUCCCACUCCGGCGAGCUCGACGACGGCGGCGCUGACGGCGGUUGCGGCGCCGCCAUCGGCGCCGGCCGCGGCGCGCUGGCGGCGGCCGCGGCGGCGGCGGCGUUCCUGCGCUACGCGCCGCCGCAGAAGCCGGUGCGUCGCGUCAUGUCAGCGCGACAGCUGAUGUGCACCAUCAAGGGCGGCGGCCCCGGAGACGGCGGCGGCGGCGGCGGCGGCGGGCUCAGCAGCACCUUCACGCGGCGUGGCCCCGGUGGCGGCGGCGGCGGCGGGACCAUGGUGACGCUGCGUGGUGGUGCCGGCCUGGGCGGCGGCGGCGGCGGCGGCCUGAUGGUUGCACGUGACGACUCGCACCUCGACCUCAGCAGCGGGCGCUUGGCGCUGGUGCCGCCCGGUGGCGGCGGUGGCGGUGGCGGUGGCGGCGGCGGCGGCGGCGGCCCGCUGCCGCCGUCACGUUUUGGCGGUGGCGGCGCUACCGGCGGCGCUACUGGCGGCGCUCCGCGCCAGGCUGACAAGCUGAACGCCACCGCUGCGCCCACGCUUGGCGGCUUCUUCGGCACGCUGCUGCGCAAGAAGAAGCAUGCGGUGGCGCCCGCACCCGCGCCCGCACCGACUGCGGCGCCGGCGCCGCCCGCCCUGUCGCUGCCGCCGCCGGCCAUGCCGCCGCCGCCGCCGUCGGCCAACAAGGGCGACGGCGACGGCACCGGUGAAGCCCUUAAGCUGCUGCUGCCGCCGCCGGCAUCCGCAGCAACCGCCACCGCGGCCUCGGCCUUUGCGGUGUUUCAGAUGCAUUCCGCCGACUCCGGCGCCGACGGCGGAGCCGCCACAGCCGCCGCCGCAGCCGCCUCCUCAGUGGACCUCUCCAGCGUGUACGACUCCCUCGCGCCGCUGCUGCCGCCACCGGGCCCGGACGCUGGCGGCGGCUCGCCGCCAGUGACGCUGGCGGCGGCGCAUGUCGGCGGCGCCGCCGCCGUGAGCCGCCAGGACUCGGACGCGCCGCCCACACCGCACCUGACAUCGCCGUUGGUGGCCGCGGCGGCGGCGCAGCCUUCUGGAGAGGCGGCGGCGGGGGCAGCGGGGGCGCGGCGCUCGGGGUCCGCCGCCUCCAGCCACAGCGAGUGGAUCGCGGAGGCGGAGGCGGAGGUGGCGCGCGGGCCGCCUUCCCGCCCAGGCAGCGUGGUCUCCGGCUCAGGCCAGCAGCAGGGCCAGCAGCUACAGCCGCCGCGGCCGCAGUCCUCAAGCAGCAACAGCGCAACCGGCGGCGUGCCGCUGCUACAGCCCCUGGAGACCAUUGACGAGGCCGGCACGCUGGAGGCGCCGUCGCCCAUGGCAUCCAGCCUGCUACUGCCGCCCGAGCCCUCCGGCCUCACCUCGGUCUUCUCCACGCACCCCGCCUCGGCGCUGGGAGGCACGAUUCGUGCAAACCCGGUGCCCGCCGCGGUGCGCAGAGGCAGUAGCAGCAGCGGCAGUAGCGGCAGCGGCGUGAGGGCGGCGGCGUCUGUGGGCGGCGGCGGCAGCGGCGAGCUACAGCCCGCAGGCUCGGCCGCUGCGGCGGCCUCGCCCGUUACCCCUGCGCCUGAUGCCGGCAGCGCUGAUGCCUCUGGCGCAGAUGGUGCUAGUGGUAGCAGCGGCGUGGAUCGGGCUGUGGAGGAGCAGUCAGACCCGGUGGCGGAUGAGGGCAUGGAAAUCACGUUAGCUGCCAUGGGCGCAGACGCCGCCGCCGUCACUGCCGCCGGCGCCGCCGCCGCCGCAGGCGCCGCCGUCACUGCCGGCAGCGGCUCUGUAGCGGGCAGUGGCCCGCCUUCGCGCAAGGCCUCACUGGCUGCUGGCGCUGUGAGUGGCGGCGGCGGCGGCGGCGGCGGCAUGCGCUCCGCGUUCGGCAGCGCCAUGUCGCUGUCCUCCAUGGUGCAGCAGCAGCCGGGCGGCGGCGGCGGCGGCGGCGGCGCCUCGGAGCCGCCGUCGCGGCAGGCGUCGCAGCAGCCUUCGCGGCAGGAGUCCGGCCUGACGCCGGCAGCGGCGCCACCACCAGGCGCCGGCAGCGGCCCCGUGGCGGAGGGCGUGGUGGAGCAGCGUGCGCAGAGGCGGCAGGACGUGCGCGCGGCGGCGGCGUUCAUGCCGCCGCCGCCGGCUGCGCCGCUGCCGCCCCCGCCUCCGCCGCCGCCGCUGCAGUUGCCGCCGGUCUCCGGCGGCGCGGCGGCGGCUGUUGCGGCUGGUCCCGGCGGCGCCAGCCGCUGGGCUGUGCCGGCAGCGCCGCAGACGGCUCAGCUCCUCAGCGACGGCAGCACCAUCCCCGAGCUCCUCACUGCGCCCUCCCACCCCGACGACGCCUAUACCGACGACCGCACCUCCGCCGCCGGCGGCCCACUCACCUCCUCACCCCACCAUGCUCACCUGCCGCCCGCCUUCCAGCAGCUCUUCCGCCGCCACCCGCACCAGCAGUCGCCCACCUUGCAGCAACAGCGGCGCCAACGGCACGACGACGACGACGGCACACGCGCCGUCAGCAUCAGCGGCGAGCAGCCCCACUACCCCCACAACCCACACAACCCGCACGCGGUCUGCGAGGGCAGCGCAGCCGACGGUGGCGGCGGCGGCGGCGGCGGUGGCGGCCCUGGCGGCCCUGGCGGCGUGAGCGGCGCUGACGUGCUCAUGCCCGCCGGCACCGGUGCCGGCACUGGUGCCAGCUCGGGCCAACAGCACAACGGCGGUGGCGCCGCCGGCGGCGGCGGCGUCUCCGGCACCAGCCCGGGCGCCACCAGCGGCGGCGGCUGGCGCGCACUGACUAUGCUCGGCCGCAGCAGCCGCCAGCAGCGCCACCAGCAGCACCCGCACUCGCACGAGGGCCACGGCCACGGCGGCCACAGCCACCGCUCCCACCCGCACAGCACCUCCCACCGCUCGCAUGGCGCUGACAGCGACUCGGAAAGCGAGGACGAGGCCGCCUGCUGGCCGCCCUGCCUGCCCAAGCCCUGGGCGCCAACUGGCGGCGGCGGCGGCGGCCGCAGCGGCCGCGUAGCGCCCCUGCCCGCGCCGGUGGUAGAUCUGGUCCAAUCCGUGGAGCAGGGGGUGGACAAGGCGCUGACGGCAGUGGGCGACGCCACGAACCGUGUGGCCGCGAAACUGGCGUUCCUGGGCGAUGGCAGCAGCGGCAGCGGACAUGGCCCGGGCGGCGGGGGAGCGGGAGGAGCCGGAGGGGGCGGGGAGAUGAGUGAGCGGGAGAGGGCGCGCGACGCGGCACGCAAGGCGGCGAAGCGCGCGGAGGAGGACCGCAUGCGCAAGACCAUCCAGAUGUACUCGGGCUUCGAGAAGCGCGACGCCUCCUCGUUCUUCUGGUUCCGCAACCCCAAGGUGGUGGCCUACCUCUUCAACUGGGCCUACUACGAGAACAGCCUCAGCAUUGCGCUGCUCAUCUUCAGCCUCAUCGCGGGCUACCAGAACCAGUGGGUGUUCUCCCAGGUGCCUCUGGGCGCUGUGGUGGGGCUGCUGGUGGCUGACGUGCUCAUCCUGGUGCACAGCUGCCUGUACGUGCUGCCGCUGUACGCGCUCAUCACACCCGUGGGCAGCCACUGCCCCAAGGACGUGCUGCGCCGCGCCAUCAAGGCCGGCGUGUUCCCGCGCCAGACCGCCCUCAUCGCCCGCGCCCUCAACCUGCAGCUCAAGGCCAGGGAGGCCAUGCUGGCCAAGAAGACAGCCGCCCCCCCGGGCGGCGGCGGCCUCUUUGGCCGCAUCGCCAAACACAUCCCCGGCCACCACGCGGGCGCAUCCGCAGGAGCCAAGCAGCACCCGCAGCAGCAGCACCAGCAGCAGCAGCAGUACUCGGGCGCGGCUGCGGCCGCCGCCUUUGCGCGCAUCGGCCGUGCGGGUGGGGCUCCUAAUGGCGGCGGUGACGCUGCGGCCGCCGGCGCGGCCAUGUCGCCCGCCGCCGCCGCCUACUCCCCGCGGCAGCAGCUCGACACGGUGGCGGCAACGGCGGCGGCGGGCCGGGGCGCAUCCGCCACUGCGGGGCGCGGCGCCGGCGCCUCCGCCCUGCCCUCCCACAUGGUCACCGAGCUGAGCGCGCUGUCCGGCACCGGCCCCACCCCCUCCGCCUCCUCCGUCGCCUCGCCCACCGCCUCCGUCACCGCCGCCGCCGCCGCCGCCGCGGUGGGCCAAAUCUCCAAACGCCACAUCGCCGCCGCGCCGCCAGGCGCCGCCGCCACUAGCGCCGCCGCCAGCGCCGCCGGCUCCCCGCCGCCUCGUCAGCAUCAGCCGCCGCCGCCGGCGCAGCCGCAUGGCCUGGGUGCCUCCAGUGCCUUUAUGUCGGGUGCGGCUGCGGACAUGUUGGGAAUGUCCAUGGUGGGAGUUGGCAGCGGCGGCGGUGGCGGCGGUGGCGGCGGCGGCCAUCACGGCGCCCACCACCCUCUGGCUCCGCAGCCCAGCGGCAUGUCGGGCUGCAGCAGUGUGGACCUGGGCCACAGCGGCGGCUCCAUGACGGCGCUGAUGGCGGGCAUGUACAGGAGUGCAAUGGCGCACGCGACCGAGGAGGAGCGCCGGGAUGCGGCGGCGGCGGCGGCGGCCAUGCAGGCUGCGGCGGCGGCGGCGGGUGGCGGCGGUGGCGGUGGCGGUGGCGGCCGGGCGCGGCUGGACCUGACGCUGGUGCCGCGGCAGCCCUAGGCGGAGGUGGGGAGGCAGGUGGGGAGGAGGUGUGGAGGGAGGUUGCAGCGGCGCCGCCCUAGACGGAGACGGAGAUGGAGGGACAGGCGGGGGCGAUUGGAGGUGUGCAAGCAGUGGCAGGUCGAGCUGCACACCAGGAGGGGUGGGACGUGCCAGCUGAAGGUCUUGGGGGUGGGUCAGGAUGCGGCUUGUGUUUGCUCUAGUAUGAGACGGAGCUGUUUAGUUAAAAACAGGCAUUCUUGUCGAAAAGAUCACGUGACCUCGCAGCAUCGCCGUGGCAUGAAUUGCACUGAAUCGCAGCGCUCGGGGGGCUCGGCCGAAAAACUGGAAGCAGCCUUUGCUUAAUGGGGGGGAAGCGGAAGGGCAACGCGAGUGGCGGUUGCGGGUGCUGCAUGUGUCGCAGGAUGCACAUGUAUCCUGUGAGCUAGUCCUGGGUCUGGCUUUAAUUCGCACUCGGAAUGAGUUGGUGCAUGUCGGAAGUGGGGAUGAGCUACCAUGUUUAGUGUCCCACAUGGACCGAUUGGGCCAGUGAUGGUGUGAGUCAGGGACGUUCAAAGGGUGGUCAUUUGGGUGGCCGGUGCGUCCGUGAUUGGUUAUUGCGAGCGUGUGAGAGGGCGCCAUUGCGCGCGGUUAAAGGGAGCCCUCGUGCGAAUGUGUGGGCCAAGUACCUGUUGAUAGAAUGGCACAUGAUGCUGUGCUUGCACUGUGAGCGUGCGAGGGUGUGCAGCGAGUCGCAGCAGUUGACCGGUGAGACCGGUCGCGGUCCGUGGAUUCACGGUAUUCUUUGUGUGGCGUUUACCGGCACGUGGUGGUGGUGGUGGCAGGUGGUGCUGUGGCGGGUUGCCUGUGCUUGGGUUUCGCCAGGGUGGAGGUCGGGUCCCGCCGGUGUACGGCACGUGUGUGCUCGCUGACACAUGCGCGUGCGACGUGCCGCAUUCAUGACCUUGCUAGCGCUAUGACCUGGUGGCCCCGGGCCCAGGGCUGCAAGAUGCCUGAGACCUUUGAAUAUACCGGUGCCUGGGAGGCUUGGAAGUACAAGGAGAGCAUGUCUAAUUUGGACGCAGCUCCGUCAUCUCGUGUCCUCGUCUCAUAUCAAAUAUCU